CUGUGCCGGCCCCCUGCCCCCUUCCACCUUCCGCAGCUCCGCCUCUCCGGCGCCUCCACCCACACCCGGAAUCCCUGCGUGCUGCGGGAACUUGAGCGCACGGAGGAGGACUAGGCAGGCUCGGACGCAGCCUCCAUCUCCACCGCCUGACAGCGCCGGGGCUGGCGACCACGCAGGCGGCGCCGGGCUGAGUCCCCAGGGGCCCAGGGCUAUGGCGCCAACCCGCAUUCCGCGGCAAGGUCCCCAAGGCUAGUCCUGGGGCCUCUCCGCUCUUGCCUGACUUUGCUCCAGCGCACCCGGCCCACAGGAGCCGGACUGGGAGAACCGGAGACGUUCACAGCCCCAAGCCCCGCUGCGUGCUGCCCCGCUCCGUGCAGAGCCCGGUGGUGAAGCUGGGGCGACCAAAGUCACCAGCGAAGCUGAGCCAGGGGCUGGCUCUCCACCAUUCGGCUGUGGGCGACGGGAAAAGCACGCAGCCCCACCACUCGGGUCACCCCUCCCUGGCAUUUUUGCCCGAAAGUUCUGGAGAGUAUUGUGAAGUCCCACGCUGGGGUGGAGGCUUGUAGCUAGGCCGGAGACAGUGGCCUGAGCGUGUCCGCAUCAACAAAAAGCUGGACCUGGCCAACCCCCGAGCGCGCCUCCAAAUCCCUGCUAGUUCCAAAACUGAGGAACCGGCCCUCGCUGGCUUCGCGCACGUACUGGCCGGGACACCGAGCGCGGGCCCAAGCCGCGGUCAAGGAAUCCGGAUCUGGGCCGGGAGUUCAGAAGCGCGACUAGCAGGCCCGCGCGUCCACAGGUGUGGUCCUUCCGGGGUCCGAGACCCAACCUCGAGACGCAACCCGCCGCUGAGCCAGCCUUGCGCGGGCGCCCCGGGACCUGUUGGGGCCGCGCCCGUGGACAUGUACCAGAGCCUGGCGCUGGCCCCGAGCCCCGGCCAGGCCGCCUACGCCGACUCCGGCGCCUUUCUGCACGCCGCGGGCGCUGGCUCCCCGAUGUUCGUGCCGCCGGCGCGCGUCCCCUCCAUGCUGCCCUACCUGCCGGCGUGCGAGCCCGGCCCACAGCCCCCCGCGCUCGCCGCGCACGCGGGCUGGGCGCCGGCGGCCGCCGCAGACCCCUCGACCUUCGCUUCCGGAAGCCCGCACCCACCGACCGCGCCGCCCGGGGCCGCCGCCUUCCCCUUUGCGCACAGCCCGCCCGCCCCGGGCAGCGACGGCGGCGCCUACCAGGGCGCGCUGCUGCCCCGCGAGCAGUACCCGGCCCCCCUCGGCCGGCCCGUGGGAGCCUCGUACCCGGCCGCCUACUCGCCCUACGUGAGCCCAGACGUGGCCCCGUCGUGGGCCGCCGGGCCCUUCGAUGGCAGCACGCUACACGGCCUGCCGGGCCGCCCGGCUGGGCUCGCAGGCCGCAGGGCCGCCUUCGUGCCCGACUUCUUGGAAGAGUUCCCUGGCGAGGGCCGAGAGUGCGUCAACUGUGGCGCCCUGUCCACCCCGCUGUGGCGCCGCGACGGCACUGGCCACUACCUGUGCAACGCCUGCGGCCUCUAUCACAAGAUGAACGGUGUCAACCGGCCACUCGUGCGGCCCCAAAAGCGCCUGUCCUCGUCCCGCCGCGCUGGGCUCUGCUGCACCAACUGCCACACCACCCACACCACGCUCUGGCGGCGGAACACGGAGGGUGAGCCCGUGUGCAACGCCUGCGGCCUCUACAUGAAGCUGCAUGGGGUGCCGAGGCCACUAGCGAUGAAGAAGGAAAGCAUCCAGACUAGGAAACGGAAGCCAAAGGGCAUCACCAAGGCCAAAGGCUCCUCAGGGUCCAAAACAAACGCCAGGGCCUCCCCACCCACUGUCCCCAGCGCCGAGAGCUCAGCCGCCACUCUGAAAGCGGAGCCCAGCCUGGCAUCCCCAGCAUGUGCCGGGCCCAGCAUCGCCUCUCAGACCUCUGACCCGGCCGAUGACCCCCUGACCCCCAGCCACUUGGAGUUCAAGUUCGAGCCUGAGGACUUCGCCUUCCCAUCCACAGCCCUGGGCCCCCAGGUGGGCCUCGGCGGGGCCCUGCGCCAGGAGGCCUGGUGUGCACUGGCCUUGGCCUAGGUGCCCGGCAGCCUGGCAUUGGGAACCACCCGGAACAGCACCCACAGAGCCACCCCCAGACCUGCCCGCCCUCAGCCACCUCCUGGAGUCGGGGCGCAGGUGCCAUUGGCAGUGGCAGGGAGGCUUCUGUGCCCGGGGCCCAAGGAGAAAGGACUCAGCCCCACCCUGGCAGCAAGGGACUGACUCCCAGGCCACAGCCAAGGUCAAUUUGAAUCCCUCAUCAGCACUCACUGCAGCACUUACAGGUUGUAGCCACUGGGGAAAGCCCCCAGCCUGCUUCUAUAAAACCCGGAUUCCAAGUGAAGGCCUGAGGGCAGCUGCAUGGGGGAGCCUGGGAAUGGGGCCUCCUGGGGCCUCAAGGUCUUCAUCUCCCACAUUUGAGGGAGGAAGCUGUGGCACACAGUCCUCUGCCUCCUAUGGGAGCAGGACCGCCAGGGAUAGAUGUGUAAGUUGCGCACUGUACCAGGGCACCACCCCAAGGGGAAGCUGGCCACACUGCAGUCAUCACCAUCUUAUGUAUUUAUUUGGAUGGUUUUUGCAGAGGGGCAGUAAAGGGCCUUGUUCUGACCGAGUCUAUGUACUGUGGCCACUUCUAUGUUGUGAUUGGUGGGGAGGGAGGCUAUCUCACUGAGUAGUCCAGGCUGGCUAUGUACUCACAGUGAUCCUCCUGCCUCAGCCUCCUGAGUGCUGGGAUUACAGGCGUGCACCACCACACCCAGUAUGUGGCCAUUUCUUACUUGCAGCAUAAAAUAUCUAGGCCUCCAUUUGGACAGAGGCACUGUGGGGGUGGGGGUGGUUGGCCUCCAAGCCAAUCAAUCCAAUGCAAGCCGAAGUCUCGGGUUCCAUCCAGCAGUUAGUGACACCCCCUCUCACCAGGGCAUGCUGGGAGCUGAAGCCAGUGCUGAGGACCCGAUGUUGGGGAGCAACAGGGAAUGGGGGGCCCUCCAGGAGCCACAUCCCCACAUUCAUCCGAUUGCUGCUGUUCUCCAGUACAACCUGAUUUUUCCAGGAAAGCCAGGAACCUGGAGGUUUUUAAAUGUGAACUCUUCUAAUCCAAAACUUUGUUUACGAACUCCCAUUUUGAUUUUAAAGUCUGAAAUAUUGCCAUCA